AUGCUCCUCAAAGCUACCCUGUUCCUCGCUCUGCUUGCUCUGACUACAGCGUGUCGAUCUAAUGGAGCCUGUGGUUGCUGUGGAUGUCGGGCAAAGGCGAGAGCUCGAGCAGCCAACACGAAUCACAUAAGCGGUGAUAGGGUGGAAGAAGACGAUCGCGACGACGGCAACAUUUUCGGACUUAAACUCUGGAACCAGACUGACAUCAAGCUCAACAGGUCAAAUAUUGCACGCUACACAAAUCCCAACUUCCUGUUCCACAGCUGCUGUGAAGAGCGCCGUCUACCACCAGCAUGCGUUCAAAAAUGCCACUUCAAUACCUAUGAAAAAGAAGCGCUAGAAGCGAUGUUUGUGGGCACUGACGCGUGUCCGAUUGACUUCCUUCCCGAAAUGCAAUUUUGUGCAGCACAAGGAAUGGAUCAUCGAAAGUGUUGUUCCGCUGGUGGUGUAGGCGACUCAGCGGCAGGCGAUAAGUGUCUGACAUUCUGCGAUCAAAGGCCGGACCAUUACACCCCGAUCGACUACAGUUAUGCCCCAUGCUACGACAGGUGA